AUUAGCUGGACUUUCUCACACAAUAAAGAUGGCUGCGCGAGAAUCUGGCAGAAUAAAAGAUGCGCAACAGAAACGAGUCCUGGAUGAUGCUGCACGCAAACGUAGACUGAGGAAGGCUUUGGAAGCUUUGGAACAAGAUAAUUUUCAUGAUGAUCCCCAUGCAGACUUGGUUAUGAGCAAGAAGGCCCCAAAAUUUCAAGAGACAUUAGACAACAGAAACAUAGCCAGAAAGAAAAAAACUCGUUCUGCAGAAUAUUACAAACAACGAUUUUGUAAAACAUUUGCUCAGCUAGUAGACGAAGAGAACUGUACACCGUCGACGCCAAAUUAUUCUUCGGCCCAAGCUCGCCCUUCACGUUUUCCAGAUAGACAGUUUCGUUCAGUGUGUGGCUUUCCAAAUAACUAUACAUGUAUACCGUGUGGUGCAAGAUAUUGUAGUGUUAAAUGGUUAGGUACCCAUUUAGAUACUAGAUGUCUGAAGUGGACAGUGUAA